CUGAGUAGAUCUUCCCUGCCUCUUUUGUUUUUGGGAAUCCUCUUUCCAUAUAAAACAACUCUGUUCCUAUUGCAUUUCAUCUGCAUUCUUUAUCUUCCUCGUAACUUUUUUCUCUAUUUCUUCACUAUCGCUCAGAACACAAACCCUAACCCUCUUACCUCCAAUUCACUGAUAAUUACUUUUUCCAAUUUCCAACACACACAGCAUCAGCCAUGGGUUACGAAGACGAUCCGUACCGCGACGAGGACGGUGAGCCCUUAAUGGAUUACGAUGACAUUCAAUCCGACCGCGAGCCUUCUCCGGAGCCGCGCCACCAGCUCGACGAUUACGAGGAUGAUGUCAACGACGAGUGGCAGGGCCGGGAUCGGUCGCAGACGCCGGUGUACGACAACGAUUCUGCGCGCUCGAAGCCGCGGAAGAGGCUGAUCAAGAAAAGCGAUGCUGUGAAGCAGUCGGUGGCGCCGGAGCUCGAGGAUGAGGAUGAGGGAUAUCUUCCGGAGGCGAGGUUUGACGAGGGGGAUGGAAGGAAGAGGAAGAAGGGAAAGGAGGUCGGGAGUGGGAAGAAGGAAAAAAGGCUGAAGGGUGAGAAGAGAUUUGGUGGUAGCAGUAGCUCUAAAUUUGGGGGUUCUAAAAAAGGUUUAGGUGGUAAGUCUGGGAAGGAUCAUGAUGGGGAAGUUAAGGAAAUGUGGGAUACCAUUGCCGGGGGAGAUUCUGAGGAUGAUCACGAGGGUGUCAGGAAUCUUGAUGAUGACAACUUCAUAGACGACACUGGGGUGGAACCUGCUUAUUAUGGUAGUGAUGAACCACGUUCUCCUGGCGAUGCUCCUCAGGCAGAGGAAGGUGAAGAGGAUGAAGAAAUCAAGGAUCUUUUCAAGAUAGGGAAGAAAAAGAAAAAGAACGAGAGAAGUCCGGCUGAAAUAGCAUUAUUAGUGGAGAAUGUCAUGGCUGAACUUGAGGUUACAGCUGAAGAAGAUGCAGAUCUUAAUAGGCAAGGGAAACCUGCCAUUAAUAAACUCAAGAAGUUACCUCUUCUCACAGAAGUCCUCUCCAAGAAGCAGCUCCAACUAGAGUUUUUAGAUCAUGGAGUCCUGACGUUAUUGAAGAAUUGGCUUGAGCCACUUCCUGAUGGAAGCUUACCCAAUAUAAAUAUACGCACUGAAAUUUUGAAGAUAUUGAAUGAUUUUCCUAUAGACCUAGAGCAAUAUGAUAGAAGAGAACAAUUGAAGAAGAGUGGCCUUGGAAAAGUCAUUAUGUUUUUAUCAAAAUCUGAUGAAGAAAUAAGUGUAAACCGGAAACUGGCCAAGGAGCUGGUUGACAAGUGGAGCCGGCCUAUAUUUAAUAAGAGUACCCGAUUUGAAGACAUGAGAAAUGUAGAGGAUGACAGGGUUCCUUUUAGGAGACCAUCGCUAAAGAAGCCAACUAAUAAAGCUGCAGGAAUAUCGAGAGAUAGCGAUCUUGAUCUGGAACUUUCGCAACCUAAGGGUGGACAGUCCUCCUCCAGGCAGCACGCUUCGAGGCCGGAAGCGACACCUUUAGAUUUUGUCAUACGACCCCAGUCUAAAAUUGAUCCAGAAGAGAUUAGAGCUCGGGCAAAACAAGCUGCCCAAGACCAGCAGCGUAUGAAGAUGAAUAAAAAAUUGCAGCAGUUAAGGGCACCCAAAAAGAGGCAGCUCCAGGCUACAAAAUUAAGUGUGGAGGGUCGUGGAAUGGUGAAAUAUUUGUAAAUGAUGACAAGAACUGAAUAUCGUGUCAUUCUUAAGUUGGAUCUGAUAAUUUUCUGUCUUAUGAUCAAACAUUCUUAGUUGUUAUAUGAAAUAAAUCUGUUAUUUUUUAUUUCUAUAA